AUGGAAGAUGAAACUUAUUUUUUUCCAGCUGGUAAUGCAAAUAGUGGGUUACAACAAGAACAGUGUUUUGUGACAACAAAUCAUUCAUAUGAUUAUGAUAAAAAUAAUCCACCAACAACAAAUUCUUCAUUAAAAUAUCGUCGUAUUUAUAAUCCAUCAAAAUCCUCAUCCACAUCAAAAAUUCUUAAUAAUGAACAUGAUGGAACAUCUCUCUCAUCAGAUUCCGGUUGUUGGUCAGACGAAUUGUUAAUGAAUUGUUGUGAACCCUUUGAUAAAGUUGUCAUUAAUAUAAGCGGUUUAAGAUUUGAAACGCGUUCAUCAACAUUAAAUCGUUAUCCUUUAACAUUGUUAGGUAAUACAAAUAGACGUUCCAUGUAUUUUGAUUUUCAUUCAAAUGAAUAUUUUUUCGAAAGACAUCGAAGUUCAUUUGAAUCUGUAUUAUAUUUUUAUCAAUCACAAGGAAGAUUAAUACGACCAGAUAAUGUACCAUCAGAAAUAUUUUUAGAAGAAAUUAAAUUUUUUGAUCUUGGUGAAGAAGUUUUAAAACGUUAUCGAAAACAAGAAGGAUAUAUUGAUGAAAAACAAAUUGAACGGCCUAGUAAUGCAUAUCAACAUGCUGUCUGGGAAGUUUUUGAAUGUCCAGAAUCAUCACGUUUAGCUCGUGUUGUAGCUAUAAUUAGCAUUGUUAUGAUAACCGUUUCAAUCGCCACAUUUAUAAUUGAAACAUUACCAUUUAUAAGAAAUGAUACUAAUCUAAUUCCUACAAGAAAUACAACAUUACUCAACUCAAACAAUGAAAAUUCAAUUGUUCAGUCGGAAACACGUUAUUUCUGGGUAUUUUUUAUUAUUGAAACAAUUUGCGUGACUUGGUUUUGCUUCGAAGUAAUAUGUCGUUUUCUCGUUGCACCAUCAAAAGUAGCAUUUCUUAAAAAUGCUCCAAACGUUAUUGACAUUGUAUCAAUUAUACCCUAUUUUCUUCAAUUAAUCGGUUUAAUUUAUCAGAAAAAAGAUAGCAACGUAUCCGGAUUUUCUUCAACAUUAACUGUUCUGAGAAUAGGUUUACAAGUAUUGGCACUCACAUUUUUGGCAUCAUGGAAAGAAUUGCUACUGUUAAUUGGUGGAGUCACAAAUAAACCACAAUAUGUUGGUACAACAUCAUUUAACAAUCAAGAUCAAACAAAUCAAUUUUUAUCUAUUCCACAUUCAUUUUGGUUUGCAAUUAUUACGAUGACAACAGUUGGUUAUGGCGACAUCGUACCUAGAACGAAUAUUGGCAAAGUAAUAGGAGCGGCAUGUGCACUUACCGGUGUUUUAACUAUCGCACUGCCUGUUCCUAUAAUUGUUUCUAACUUCACAUAUUUUUAUCAACGACAAAUGGAAGACAAUGAAAGACAGUAUCAGGCGAAAAAAGGACCACAAGCAAAUGUAAAAAAAUCUGGUGGUUUAUCUGAAAGAGAAAAGGGUCCUGAAUUGAAUGAAUGGGAAUUGGUGACUGAGCCAGAUUAUCAUGAUUAUCGUGAAAUAACACACGCAGUUACCAAGAGACUCGUUCGAAAUUCUUACUUUAAAGCAUUUCGUGGUUCAAAACGAAUCACACCGACAUCAAUAAUGAACAAUUCUAACCGUAAUUAUCAAACAUUAAAUCAAACAACAUUUGCUUCACCGCAAAAUAAUAGCUCAAAUACCUUUACACAUCAUCAUCCACUUCAGGGGCUAAGUCGUUCAUCAGCCACCGCUACAGCAACAAAUAGCAGACACAAUCAUUAUCCAAUACAUGAGAAAAGUGCUUUAGAAACAACACGUCUUUUGAGAUAG